AACACAAAUCAAGCUUCCACUACACAAAUGUUAUUGCUACCCCGACCUCUGAUGUUGUGCAAAAUUUGGGUUGGGUCACCUCAUUUUAGCAACAACCGGGUCAUUUUUCAAGUUCUGAAUUAGUCAAAAUCUUGUCUGUGAAGGAUAGACUGAUCCGGCAGGAUUCCAGCAUAUAUAUCUGCUGCGGAGCACUCAAGGGUGUAAGAAUGGUCUGAUUUUUGUUGAAUCUUUUAGAAGGAAUACGCAUCAUCCGCUCGGGUAACUUCGUCUGAACUGACACAGGCUCCUGAGUCGAGGUGCCUUAAGACGUACUGCAGGAUCCGAAUACGUGGUGGCUUUGAAACAAACAGUCAGGGCUUGCGUUUCUUCCUCCUUGAAAUCGUCGCAACGAAGCAUCAAACUUUUCGAGAACAAGAAGUUGUUGUUCAUCGAUAGAGGGUCUCAUGUGUUCAUGUUCAAGGAGUGAUAAUUUUGUACUCGUAGUGUGUGUGUGUGUGUGUAAGUUAUUGAUGUUCCUUCCAUCCAUCCAUCCAGUCUAGACGGCAUGGUCAGCCAAGACAGGCUGUCCUCCAAAGCACACAAAGAGAUAGGGGGGGGCAAGGUCCAUUGGCUAUGGAGCUCGCUCUACAUGAUUCUUUCUACUCGAAUUCGACAUCACCAAGUCGCGUUAAGCUUUACUCCUGGCAUUGUUGCAGUUCUAAUAGCUCGCCUGCUUCUCUAUGUCACUCACACAUAGUAGGAUAUAGUUGAGUAGAAGACCCAGUUUCAGGCAGUGAGAUUGUGGUCGCUCAGCAACAAUGGCGCAAAAUGGCUUGUGCUCGAAUCUAGGGUUUGUGGCAAGUUUUUACGGGAAAUUAAAGGAGCGUACAUGAGAAGGUGGGAGAUCGCGAGUUUAUGCACGCAUUGUGGUCGGGGUGAGGUGGUGAGGAGAUGCUCCAUUCCAUUUCCGGGUGGGACUAGGCAAAAUUUUAGCCAAGAGGGCUGCGUGUGACUACACAACGCGGUGAUGUUUGUAGGUCCGAAUGGCGAUGGUGAUUUCACUACGAAUCAGGGAAGUGGCCUGACAAUUUGAAGCGGAGGGAAGGUAGAUGAUGUGGAGAUAAAAGCAAUUUGUUAGAGAUCGAGAAUUUAAACAAUAGAGUUGAAUCAUUCGACCAAUGGAGUACGAUGAGUAUGCGGACGAGGAGGUUCAUGGACUCAUCGAUUGUGCUCUGGAAUCACGUUUUGAGAAUUUAUGUCUAAUUGGAAAAGGCUCCUUUGGCGAUGUGUACAGAGGGUUUGAUAAGGAGUUGAAUAAAGAGGUGGCAAUCAAAAUCAUCGACUUGGAAGAAGCAGAAGACGAAGUCGAGGAUAUUCAGAAGGAAAUUUCUGUGCUAUCUCAGUGCCGAUCACCUCACAUAGAGUAUUAUGGGUCUUAAUUGCACUCAACAAAAUUAUGGAUUGUUAUGAAGUACAUGGCAGGUGGUUCUAUAUCAGACUUGCUUGAAACUGGACCACCCUUAGAUGAAGUUUCUAUAGCGUCUAUCUUAAGAGAGCUAUUGCUGUCACUGGACUACCUACAUUCAGAAGGAAAAAUACAUCGUGAUAUUAAAGCGGCUAAUAUACUGCUAACUGCAAAUGGCGAUGUUAAGUGGGAAGUAGUGCAGGUUGCAGAUUUUGGAGUUUCUGCUCAACUGACUCGUACUAUGUCCAAACGCAAGACCUUCGCUGGAACUCCUUUCUGGAUGGCGCCAGAGGUCAUACAGAAUUCUGGAGAUGGCUACAAUGAGAAGGCAGAUAUAUGUUCAUUGGGAAUCACUGCUAUUGAGAUGGCAAAAGGGGAACUGUAUUCUCCAAGAGAUUUUGGGCCGUACGAAAGUGGCAAUAACACUGUGAAAGCGAAAUCUCCACAAAAAUGGCCAUCUCUUAGGUCUUUGUCAACUGCCAUGACUAACAGUACUGGAGGUUCACGAAAUGAAGAAUAUUCGGAAAUUUCUAUAAGUGGGACCGUAGUGCGGAGCAGCACAUCGGACGAGGGAGGCUUAGUUCCAGGAACUCCAAAAGUCGAGCAAGAAGCUCGAGAAGAUAGUGCCACUAAUCUUGCCGAGGCCAAAGCUGCCCUUCAAGCUGGAAUGAGGAAAGGAGGACCAAGAGGCCCUGCUCCAGUGAAGUUACGAAAAGAGGUUCAAGAGCAUUUGGGGGACCUCGAGAGACUCCUCGAGAGACUCCCAAGGCAACGCCUAGGGCAAAUAGACGGAUCAGUGAGGAGGACGUUGCCCGAGCAGCUGCAGCUGGCGCAUCUUCUGCCUUGACUCUCCUUUUAAUUCCUGCUCUCAAAGAGCAAUAUAUGCAGACUGCAGCAGAGCAGUCAGAAGGACCUUCUUUAAGAGCUGCAGCUGAUGCAGCUGACGCUUUGAUGGAUUUGGAGCGGCUAGCGCCAGGUGCUUGUGAAGUUCUUGUUAGCAAACUUAUACGACAAUUAGCCAGAAAAGAUGAAGCUCCUGCGAAAGGUCUGCAAAGCCUGGCACGCCGUUUGCUUUCUGAUAAUGGUAGUGAAGAAGACGGACACGUUCCAUCUUCACGUGAUCAUCCCAGGGAUGCGAGGCAUAGAUUUCAGAGGGACAAGAGUGAUAAUUCGGGUUUGAGUCCAGUGGCCGCCUUCUUACUUCACAGGUGGCUAGGUCAAGCCUCGAAAGACCUCAAUCACCGUCGCUAAACUUCCAUUUGUGUGGAAUGGAUGAGAUCCCAUCGACAUCAUACCGGUAGUGGAGGCAUAUUUUCCUCGAGAUCCAUUUGAUAUCACCUCAGGGCAUCUCACUGUUAUCUCUACCUUUUAUUGCCGCAGGUUUUUUCGGUCUUAUGUAAAAAAUGUAAGUCUAAACUAUUAACAAAAAAUUUGGGUUACUUUUCAGUUUUCUAGUGGUUUGAGCAACUAACAUACCUAGUUCACUCAAGGGACUUGUUACGUUCGACUUGGUCAAUUUUGAGAUUUCUACGAGGGUUGAAAAGGCUCAGUGAUGUGCCAAUGUUGAUAACCAUGGCAUUAUUCAAAGUAGGUAAAGAGAUGUCUACGAUAACACUCUAAUGUUUGUUGAUUGGAUGUGCUAAUUUAUUUCUUAUGUACCAAAA